CCGGGCCCGGACGGCUGCAGCCCGCGGCCGCGAGCGGGUCCCGAGCGCUUCCGGCGGUCGCCCCGUCGCCGGGCCCCGUCUCAGGGCGGCAUGAGCCCGCGGCCGCGGCAGCCCUAGCCCGCGCUGCUCCGUCCCGGGCGGCCCGGCUGCGGUGGCGGGUGCUCGCUGCAAGGGUGGGGGCCAUGAAGCCGAGCGCGGCCGGGCCGGCGAGGGAGCUGGAGCCGCAGGCGCCGGGCCGGGGCGAGCAGCGCGCGGCGGAGCCCGAGGGGCGCUGGCGGGAGAAGGGCGAGGCGGACACGGAGCGGCAGCGCACCAGGGAGCGGCAGGAGGCCACGCUGGCCGGGCUGGCGGAGCUGGAGUACCUGCGCCAGCGCCAGGAGCUGCUGGUGCGGGGCGCCCUGCGCGGCGCCGGGGGUGCGGGCGUCGCGGCGCCCCGCGCUGGGGAGCUGCCGGCGGAGGCGGCGCAGCGCAGCCGCCUGGAGGAGAAGUUCCUGGAGGAGAAUAUCUUGCUGCUGCGGAAGCAAUUGAAUUGUUUGCGGAGAAGAGAUGCUGGUUUGUUGAAUCAGUUGCAAGAACUUGACAAGCAGAUAAGCGACCUUAGACUGGAUGUAGAAAAGACAUCUGAAGAGCACCUGGAGACAGAUAGUCGGCCCAGCUCAGGGUUUUAUGAGCUGAGUGAUGGGGCUUCAGGAUCCCUUUCCAAUUCCUCUAACUCGGUCUUCAGUGAGUGUUUAUCGAGUUGUCAUUCCAGCACCUGUUUUUGCAGCCCCUUGGAGGCAACCUUGACUAUCUCAGAUGGUUGCCCCAAAUCUGCAGAUCUCAUAGGAUGGUUGGAAAGUAAAGAAGGCCACUGUGAAGACCAGGCCUCGGGGGCAGUGUGCCAUUCCUCCUCUACAUCACAAUUUAAUUCCCUUGGUGUCAUUGCAGAUGUGAAUCCCAAGUACCAGUGUGAUCUGGUGUCUAAAAACGGGAAUGAUGUCUAUCGCUAUCCCAGUCCACUUCAUGCCGUGGCGGUGCAGAGUCCAAUGUUUCUCCUUUGCCUGACGGGCAACCCUCUGAGGGAAGAGGAGAGGCUUGGUAACCAUGCCAGUGACAUUUGCGUUGGAUCUGAGCUGGACGCCAUGAAGACAGACACUUCCUUACCGUCUCCAGGUAGUUUGUGGUCUGCUCCCCACCCUUCAUCCAGUAAGAGAAUGGAUGGCUACAUUCUGAGCCUGGUGCAGAAAAAAACACACCCUGUAAGGACCAACAAACCAAGAACCAGCGUGAGUGCUGAUCCCACGAAGGGUCUUCUGAGGAACGGGAGCGUCUGUGUCAGAGUGACUGGGGGCCUCUCACAGGGCAACAGCGGGAACCUUAAGAAUUCUAAACAGGUGCUUUUGCCCUCUGGCGGAAUCCCCUCUUUGGACAACGGGACAUUCUCCCCACUGAAGCAGUGGUCAAAAGAAUCAAAGGCAGAACCACUGGAGAGCAAGAGGUUGUUGUCCGCGCCGGAGGCCUGCUCGCCAGGCGCUGCCACUGAACUCCCAAGCAAGCAUCUGCCCAAAAAUGCCAAGCCGGCUUCCCAGGAACACGCCCGGUGUCCCACGGCUGCGACAGGGGAGUCCCCCAAGGACGGCGUUCAGGUCCUAGCCGCCUCUCCGAAGGAGAGCCCCGGGAGGGGCCCCGCCCCGCCGCAGGAGAACAAAGUCGUCCAGCCACUGAGAAAGGUGUCCCAGAAAGGCGGCCUGCAGCCGGCCCCCGCAGCAGCGCCCUCUCCGGCGCCUGCUGCGCCUGCUGCGCCUGCUGCGCCGCCGUCUUCAGCGUGCGCGCUGGAGGAGCGGCCCGCGCUGGAUUUCAAGAGCGAGGGCUCCUCCUCCCAAAGCCUGGAGGAAGGGCCCCCGGCCAGGGCGCCGUCGGCCCCGGGCCUGCAGGCGGCGGCCGCCCGGCCCCACCGCGGCGCCCGGACCCCAGCCGCCCCGCGCUCGGCCCCGAGGCACCGGGGGGCGCAGGGUCUCCACGCGCCCGACGGCGCGCUGCCCCCCGCGAGGGAGAAGAGCCGCGCGGCCGGCAAGAAGUGCCGCUUCCCCGACGACGACGUGGAUACAAACAGGAGGCUCCGGAAGGCCUGGUCCCGGGGGCGGAAGGGCGGGGGCGGCCAGCCCGAGGCGGGGGCCCCGUGCCGGGGGCUGGGUGCGGGCCAGCGGGCGGCGGGGGCGCGGGCGCACGGCCACGGCCACGGCCGGGAGACGCUGGUGGCCAAGCCCAAGCACAAGCGAGCCGACUCGCGGCGGUGGCGCUCGGCCGCCGAGGUGUCGCUGGAGGAGGCCCUGCGCAGGUCGCGGCGGCGGCGCGAGCACGUGGGGCUGUUCCCCGCCGCCGUGCCGCUGCCCUACAGCAGCCCCUACGCCUACGUGGCCAGCGACUCCGAGUACUCGGCCGAGUGCGAGUCCCUCUUCCACUCCACGGUGCUCGACACCAGCGAGGACGAGCGCAGCAACUACACCACCAACUGCUUCGGGGACAGCGAGUCCAGCGUGAGCGACGGGGACUUCGCGGGCGACAGCACGAGCUCCAGCGACUCCGAGGAAAGCGGGGGCCUGAUUUGGUCCCAGUUUGUGCAGACCCUGCCCAUCCAGGCGGUCGCAGCCCCGGACCUCCACGGCAACCCCACGAAGACCUUUGUCAAAAUCAAGGCCUCGCAUAACCUCAAGAAGAAAAUCCUCCGCUUUCGGUCGGGCUCGCUGAAGCUCAUGACGACUGUUUGAGGAACGCCCCGGGGAGGGGGUGGGGGUGGCGGUGGCGGUGGAGAGGGGGGUGUUUUCUAGUUUAAUAGAGGAAAAGGUGGCGUCGUAUUUGUGCGUGUGCGUGCGCGUGUGUGUGUGUGUAACAGUUUCACGGAAUGCUUUUCUUUUGUUGAGAUAGACUUGAGGUGCUUUGUCUCGUCUUCAUCCUGUAGGGAUACUAGUGCCUUUAUUUAGUGGAAGGUAAAGGAUGUUUUGCUGGCUAGGAGUAAAUACUGGGUUUUUAAUGGUGGUGAUAGUGAAUGAAUUUUGUGGUAUCAGGUGACUCUUAUUGGAAAUUCUCUGAGCAUCUGUGAAGGCACAGGUUUCGGUGUUCAAGGCUUGCUGGGAUGGGGCCUUUUGAUCCGAAGGUCAGGUGGAUGGAAUUUAGACAUACUUUGCGUCUUGGUUCUCUAGGGCUGCGUCUCCAUGAGGGUUUUCCCAUCGAGAGGCAUCACAUACAAUUGUGUGUAGUAGGUACGAUGGACAGUCAUUGUUUUCUGUAAUUUUUUAUAUAGUCCCCCUUUCUUAGAUGUAUCCCCAUUCUAUUUUCUUCUCAGAACUGUUUGGUUUACUGGACUCAGAACUUGAAGACCAGACCCUAAAUCCAGAGCUGGUGACCUCUGGGUAGGAUGCUGGUAAUAACUGUAAAAGGAUUCACUCAAACUUUUGCCACACUUGGUGCCUAGGCCCUGGUUACAUAACCCUUUCUGGGCCAGUUAGCCAACAUUUUGAUGCCUUUCUCUUCCUCCGUAAUUUGCAGCAGAUCCAGCCAUUUCUUCUUGGAAGGACUUGUCUUUGGGGUAAAUUUUGGUCCUUGGGUACUGAGAAAUUCACUCCUAAUGAAAUAAACCUUGAGUGUAACUCCAAGCCCAGAAUUGCUCACUGAGUAUGGUGCCACCUAAGCAUUGGCCCAAACAUUUUAGUGCAAUCCAGUCCAGAUUGGAUCACUGACCCUGUCUGGAAGGGCUUUUUUUUAAAAAAAAAAAAAAAUUUGUUUUGGUAAGCAGUAUUGUGUAAAUUGUUUUUUAUACCAAUAUAUGCAUGUUUUGUGCAUGAGUAGUAUUUGUUUUGAUAUUUCUAUGGAUGUUAAAUUACUGUAUGAUAUAAGCAGUAUGUGUUUUUAUAUAUCAUUGUGUAAAUUUAAUAUAACACAUUUUAUGCUGUAAUAAACAAUUUGUUUUACUGC